AUGGACGAGCUCAAAGCGCGCAUGCAGCUGCUCGAGCAGUGCCGCAAGGACGACGAGACGAUGGAGGAUAAAAUCAAGCCGAUCGAGGACAAGUACGCGAAGCUGCAGGAGUUCGAGGUCACCCCUCCGGACAGCGAGCUGGCGAAGAAGGCACAAAUGCGGCCCGCCAUGGAGGAGUUCCGCAGCACCCUCGUAGAGGCAGACAUCCGGAUCAAUAAGGAGAAGAAAAAGAUGAAGGCAGGUCUCGAGCAGGAGCUUAUCAAUUUCUUGCAAAAUGUCAAGGACGCUAAAGUCGACUUUCAGAGGCGCGCCCCUUACAAGAGCGAGGGCAUCACCAGCGACACUGCUGUGAGCAUUCUCGACGACUUCCGCGCGCAGCAGCAAACAAAGCGGCAGAUGGAGGAGGAGUUCUUACCGAAGUUGGAGCUGUUCGGUAUUGAGCCGCAGACGUACAAGGAGCUUGACUGGGUCGACCAAGAGAUGGAGAAGCUGGGAAUUCUCUGGGACAUUCGAGAGUCCUGGGACCAGGAGUGGAACAAGCUCAGAGUUGCCGUCUUCAGGACCCUGAAUGUUGAUUCGAUGGAUGAGCAUGCGAUGGAGUUCCAGCAGAAAAUGAGGAAGUUGGUGGGCCGGGAUAAGAACGUGAACCACUGGCCUGCGUACCAGCAGAUGAAAGCCGACAUGGAGACGUUCCGCAACAUACUGCCAGUCAUUACGAAUCUGCGGCAGGAGUCGAUGCGCGAACGUCACAUUAACCUUAUUGCGAAGGAAGUCAACGAAAGUUUCGACCCCAAGGCUGAGAACUUCACCUUGAACAGAGUUAUGGAGCUUAACCUGAUAAGCCAUGCGGACUUGAUUGCGCGGCUCGCUGAAGACGCCAAGAAGGAGGCGAAGAUAGAAGACGGUCUCGCCGACAUCGCCAAAGUCUGGUCUACCAUGGUUAUCAGCGUGGUCGAACACAAGGGUGGCACCUACAAAUUGCAAACGACCGAAGACCUGUACCAGGCACUCGAGGAGAACAUCCUGUCGCUGUCGUCCUUCAAGAGCUCGCAGUUCUAUCUGCCCUUCGCCGCCAAGGUCGAGCACUGGGAGAGGACACUCGCGAACAUCUCCGAGGUCUGCGAGGCGAUCCAGACUGUCCAGAGGGCGUGGAUGUACCUCGAGAACGUUUUCCGAGGCUCUGAAGAUAUUCGCCCGCACUUGCCAGACGAGUCAGUCAUGUUCGACAACGUGCAUGAGGGUUUCACGGACAUGAUGAAGAAGAUCUUCGAAGAACCAUUGGCGACGAAGGCAUGUGCCCAGCCGAAGAUGUUGGAAACCCUGGCCAAUUUUGAGAAUGACCUCGAGAAGAUCCAGAAGUCCCUGAACGAUUACCUCGAGAAGAAACGCCAGUCCUUCCCUCGUUUCUACUUCCUCUCGAACGACGAUCUUUUAGAGAUCUUGGGGCAGUCGAAAGAUCCAGAAGCAGUCCAGAAGCACAUCAAGAAGUGUUUCGAGGGCGUCAACACAUUGGAGCUUCAGGGAGGUGGAGACAAGAAUAAGAAGUGGGAGGCGAUCGGGCUUGUGGCCUCAGACACGGAGAAAGUGAAACUUACACCUGCUGUCAAGAUUGAGGGUGCCGUGGAGCAGUGGCUUGGUCAGGUGGAGAAGCGAAUGAUCGAGUCGUUGCGCAUGCAUCUUGUGAAGUGCCAUCAGGGGAACAUCAAUCCAAAGAGCAUGAAGAAGGAGCGAUGGGUGAAGGAGUUCCCUGGGCAGCUCCUGAUCACCUCUGGCCAAAUCGCGUGGACCACCGAUUGCACGGCUGCGCUGGCGAAGAUUGAGAAAGGGCAGAAGAAUGCUUUGCGAAUGCUGAAACGAUCGCAGACCAAGUACAUUGGAAAGCUGACAGAUAUGAUCCGAAAGCCCCUCAACAAAGUGGAGCGCGCCAAGCUUGUGGCCCUCAUUACAAUUGAAGUGCACGCCCGGGACGUUCAGGAUAGUCAAAAGGCUUGCAAGACAGAAUCUCCGUCGAAUUUCAAUUGGGCGUCGCAGCUUCGCUUCGAACUUAGGGAACCAACCGACGAGAUUUCUCCAGGACAGCCAAAUCAGAAUCACAUAUGCGUCGUGCUUCAGACCAAUACCACUGGCCCUUACGGCUACGAGUACCAGGGCAACAAUGGCCGCUUGGUGGUAACGCCGAUGACAGACCGGUGCUACAUGACCCUGACCACGGCCAUGCACUUGAAGCGUGGUGGAGCACCGGCAGGGCCCGCAGGCACAGGAAAGACCGAGUCCGUAAAGGAUUUGGGCAAAGGCAUGGCCAUGUACGUGAUUGUUUUCAACUGUUCUGAUGGCUUGGACUACAAGUCGUUGGGUCGCAUGUUCUCUGGCCUAGCGCAGUGCGGCUGCUGGGGCUGCUUUGACGAGUUCAACCGCAUCGACGUGGCCGUGCUCUCCGUCGUGGCCGUGCAGAUCAUGACGAUCCAGGCGGCGCUGCGUGAAGAGAGGGACAAAUUUCUUUUUGAGGAGAGGAUGAUCGCGCUGAAGCGGACGUGCGCUGUGUUCAUCACCAUGAACCCAGGUUACGCUGGGCGCUCCGAGCUUCCAGACAACUUGAAGGCUCUCUUCAGACCAGUGGCGAUGAUGGUGCCAGACCUUGCAAUGAUCAUGGAGAUCAUGCUGGUGUCCGAAGGUUUCAAAGACUUUAAGGUCCUGGCCAAAAAGAUGUUUACACUGUACCAGAUGAUGCAGCAGCAGAUGUCAAAGCAGGCUCACUACGAUUUCGGCCUGCGGAACAUCAAAUCGGUAUUGGGUUGCGCAGGGGCCUUGAAGCGUCGGGAUCCGGACAGCUCCGAGCAGGUCUUGCUCAUGCGAGCGAUUAACGACAUGAACUUUCCCAAGUGGGUCUCGCAGGACGUGCCUCUUUACAACGCGCUACUCGGGGACAUCUUCCCUGGCUGCGAGUUGCCUAUCCCAGACUAUGGGAAGCUGGAGGAGACGAUUAAUCAGGUGUUGACAGAAUUUGGUUGCCAACGCCACCAACAUUCAAUUAACAAGUGCAUCAGCAUUUAUGAGACCAAGAUCACUCGGCACGGAAACAUGCUGGUGGGAGGCACGUUGGGAGGUAAAAGUGUUUGUUGGAAGGCUCUGGCUAAAUCCAAGACAAUUUUAAAGCAACUCGGUCAGGAAGGCGCUGAGAAGGUGCAGCAUCAGGUCAUCAAUCCAAAAUCAAUCACGUUGAACGAGCUAUACGGCGCAUAUGACCUGGCCACAAUGGAGUGGUCCGAUGGAGUACUUUCUAGCAUUAUGCGCCAGAUGUGCCAGGACGAAAAGCCUGACGAGAAGUGGCUGGUUUUGGACGGCCCGGUAGACACUUUGUGGAUCGAGUCCAUGAACACAGUGCUCGAUGACAACAAAGUUCUGACAUUGAUCAACGGUGACCGCAUUGGCAUGCCUCCUACGGUUCGGCUUCUCUUCGAAGUUGCCGACCUCGCCGUAGCCUCACCGGCGACGGUUUCCCGAGCUGGCAUGGUGUACUUUGACCCCCCAGACCUUGGCUGGCACCCCAUAUUCACGUCUUGGGUGGAGAAGUACAUCCCUGCUGCGAAGCAAGCAGACGUGAAGGCAAUGGGAGACAAGUGGAUUCCCCCCUGCUUGAAGAUGCGCAAGCAGUGCGUAGAGCUUGCGCCCAUCGUCGAUUGCAACGCCGUGAUCUCGCUGACUAACCUUUUUGAGUCCUUCGUCCACUUCGCGGGCAAUCGGUUCGACAUUAAUUCCACGGGUGACAAGGUCAUGGAGCACCUUGAAAAGAUCUUCGCUUUUGCACUCGUGUGGUCUCUUGGUGCGACUGUGAAUGAGGAUUCCCGGUACCUAGUGGACCAAGCUGUGCGCGGUAUACCCGAUUGCCAGAAUCUCUUUCCGCCCUCGCAGACUGUUUACGAAUACGGGUUCAAUUUCGAGAAGCUGGACUUCGGUUUGUGGGAGGACCGGCUCCCCAAUCCGUUCAAGCCCCCCGAGGGCAUGCCGCCGCACAAGAUAAUUGUCCCGACGGUUGACACCAUCAGGAACAUGUUCGUCCUGACAUGCUUGAACGCCAAGCACCAUCACAGCCUCCUGGUGGGGAGCACGGGCACGGGCAAGACUGUCGCAGUGCAGCAGUCCAUUGCCGCCUUGGAGGAAAAGGAGUGGACCUCACUGACUAUAAACAUGUCGGCCAUGACGUCGUCAGGCAAGACGCAAGAGAUCAUCGAAAGCAAGAUCGAGAAACGAAUCAAGAACAAGUACGGCCCCCCGAACAACAAGCGAAUGGUCCUCUUCGUCGACGACCUCAACAUGCCACGGAAGGACACGUUCGGCUCGCAACCGCCGCUCGAGCUGUUGCGCCAGUGGGUGGACUACGGUUGCUGGUACGACCUGAAGAAGCAGAGCCUGCGCUACGUGCAGGACCUGCACCUCGUCUCCGCCAUGGGGCCCCCCGGAGGCGGCCGGGCGGUGAUCACCGAGCGGCUGCAGAGCGCCUGCAACAACGUCUGCUUCGUGAACCCGGCGGAGACGCAGGUGAAGAGGAUCUACCAGACCAUAGCCACGAACAAGCUGAACGACUUCAGGGUGGAAGACAUUAAGAGUCUGGCAGAGCCACUGACAUUGACCACCAUCGCGCUCUACGGGGCCGUCAUGGAGGGCUUCCUCCCAACGCCCGAGAAGUGCCACUACCUGUUCAACCUGCGCGACAUAUCCAAAGUCUUCCAAGGCCUCUAUUUAGCUGAUCCAAAGUUGUACGAGGACAAGGAGCAUGUAUUGCGGCUCUGGUACCACGAGUGCUGCCGUGUAUUCAUGGACAGGUUAAUCAAUAUUGAUGACCGCGAGAAGUUUAGGCGUCUCGUCGAUUCCUGCAUGGAGAACGGCCUGCAAAUGCGCCUCAAAGAAAUAGCCGGAGAUGACCCCGACAUGGUUUUUGCUGGGCUGGACCUCUCCAAUCCCGAGGCCGAGGACCCUGCCUACGAGUUGAUGUCGGACCGUAAGGGUCUCAAGGCUUUCAUGGAGGCCAAGGUGGACGACUAUAAUGCGUUCUUCAAGAAGACCCCCAUGGCCCUCGUCAUGUUCAAGGAUGCCAUCGAUCUUUGUUGCAAGAUUCUGCGGAUCCUGAAGCAGCCCAGAGGAAACGCGCUCCUGGUGGGCGUGGGUGGCUCUGGUCGCCACUGCCAGACACGGCUUGCUUCGUUUAUCGGCCAGCUGUCUUGCUUCCAGAUCGAGAUCACCAAGCAAUACAGGAAACCACAGUUCUUGGAAGAUCUGAAGAAGCUUUACGAGAAGGCUGGUGUGAAGGGCCAGCAGACAACCUUCCUCUUCUCUGACACAGAGAUUGUCGAGGAGAGUUUCUUGGAGGACGUGGCCAAUUUGCUCGGCAGUGGUGAGGUGCCAAACUUGUACACAGGAGACGAACUUAGCGCCGUGCGCUCCUCCGUCGAAAAGAAAGCCAAAGAAGCUGGGGUGCCCUUCACUCCUGAGGCUUUGUACGAAUUCUUCAUCUCGCGCGUGCGAGAGAAUCUGCACGUUGUUUUCUGCCUCUCCUACAUUGGGGAGAAUUUCCGCGACUAUUGCCGCAUGUAUCCCUCGCUCGUCAGCUGCUCCACUGCCAUAUGGCUCCUCCCGUGGCCUGCUGAGGCCCUCACCGAGGUCGCGCUGAAGUUCCUCGUCGACGGCGAGCUCGAGGAGCAGUUCCAGGAGCCUGUCGCGAACGUUUUCGGGCUCUCUCACACCGUCGUGGCCGAGUUCUCCGACGAGAUGUUUCGCGACCAGAAGCGGAUGAACUACGUGACGCCCACAAACUACCUCGAGCUGGUCCAGGGCUACAUGGCCAUGCUGCACGAGAAGCAGAAGGCUAUCGGCAGUGCGGGCGACAAGCUCCGCAACGGUCUCAGCAAGCUGGACGACGCCUCCACACAGGUGGCGGAGAUGAGCGUUGAUCUGGAGACGAAGCAGGAGAUCUGCACAGUGAAGGCCAAGGAAUGCGAGGAACUCAUGACCGUGAUCGUGGCGGAGGCCGCGAAGGCCGAGAUCCAGGAGAAGAAUGUGAGCGCGGACUCUGCCCGAAUCGAGAAAGAGGCUGCGGAGACCAAGAUAUUGGCGGAGGACGCCACGCGCGACCUAGAGAAGGCGAUGCCGGCGCUCGAGGCCGCGAUGGACGCGUUGGAGAAGCUUGAUAAGAAGUCCAUCGCAGAAGUCAAGGCGUAUGCCAAGCCGCCGGACAUGGUGAUGAAGACGUUGAGUGCAGUCAUGACCGUCAUGGAGAAAACUCCGAAUUGGGCACAGGCAAAAGUCGAGCUGAACGACGUGGGUUUCCUACCGAGAAUCAAGAACUUCGAUAAGGACAACAUCAAGGACUCUACACUGAGAAAGAUCGAGAAGUUCACAAAGGACCCACAGUUUACUUACAAGAUCGUCAGCAACAUCUCGCUUGCUGCUGGCGCUCUUUGCCAGUGGGUGCACGCGAUGAAGAUUUACGCAGAGGUAUACCGUGAGGUGGAGCCCAAGCGGAACAAGCUCAGGAUGGCACAGGAAAAAUUGGAGCAGAAGAACAAAUCGUUGCGUGAGGCGAACAUAGAGCUGAAGAAGGUCCAAGACAUGGUCCAGAGCUUGAAGGACCGCUUCGAGGCCUCCCAAAAAGAGAGCUCCGAUCUGGCAACAACAGCUGCGGAAUUGCAGUCCAAGCUGGAGCGUGCUGACAAGCUCGUCAACGGUCUGGCUGGAGAAAAGAUCCGUUGGCAGGCAUCGCUGGGAAAUUUUGAUCUUCAGCUGGAGAAUCUGUUCGGCGACUGUGUCAUGUCGGCUGCAUUCAUGAGCUACGCAGGGCCAUUCGGCGCGGGCUACCGUAACAGGAUGGUGUCAAAGGAGUGGAUGCGCUUUCUUGGCCAGGAUAAGAUUGCCGUAACAUCGGGCUUCACAUUCGCCAGUUUCAUGGCAACCCCAAGCGACGUUCGGGAAUGGAAUAUGGAUGGUCUUCCUUCGGAUGAUUUUAGCACCGAGAACGCAAUCCUCGCCACCCGUGGGCGUCGCUUCCCCUUGAUGAUCGACCCGCAGAAUCAGGGCAACAGGUGGGUGCGGAAGAUGGAGGGCCCGAGGGGCCUGAAGGUUUUCGACCCGGGCUCGAAGGACACCAUGCGCACAAUAGAGCACGCGAUCCAAUUCGGAAACCCGAUACUCCUCGAGAACGUCGGCGAAGAGCUCGAUCCCUCGUUGGAGCCUGUGCUGGCCAAAAACAUCAUCGACAACGGCUCGGGCAGCUUGUCCAUAAAGAUUGGGGACUCCAUGCUGGACUACAACGCGAACUUCAAAUUCUACAUCACGACCAAGCUCUCGAAUCCGCACUAUACCCCAGAGGUAUCCACCAAGACGACCAUCGUGAAUUUCAUCGUCGUUCAAGCUGGGCUGACCAAUCAGCUCCUCGGGGUCGUUGUCAUGAAGGAGCAACCUGAGGCAGAGAUGCAGAAGAACGAGCUGGUAGUGAAAGUGGCCAAGGGCAAGAAUCGCUUGGUGGAGCUGGAAAACGAAAUCCUCCAAAAGUUGGCAGAGACAACGGGCUCCCUACUGGACGACAUCACGCUGAUUGACACACUACAAGAGUCCAAGGUCACCAGUGAGCAAGUGACUGAGCAGGUCGCAGUUGCAGAGCAGACGAUGGCAAAGAUUGACGCCGCGCGGGAGAGCUACCGGCCUGCAGGCAGCAGAUCAGCAACUCUCUAUUUCGUCCUCAAUGAUCUUGUGGUGGUGGACCCGAUGUACCAGUUUGCUCUAGAUGCCUACGUUCACUUGUACACCCAGAGUAUCGAAAAGAGCUCCGUCAACCAGAUCCCGAACAACAUCGAUGAGCGCAUCGACCACCUGAACUCUUACCACGCCCUUGCAGUGUAUCGCUUUGCCUGCCGCGCCCUGUUCGAGCGCCACAAGCUGCUCCUCUCCCUGCACCUCUGCGCGUGCCUGCUCAUCGAGAAGGGCGAACUGAACCCCAAGGAGUACAGGUUCUUCCUCUUCGGCGGCGUGGUGCUGGACCGUUCGGGCCAGGCGAACAACCCAUCCCCCGACUGGAUCACCCAGCAGAUCUGGGACAACGUGACGGAGCUCGAAUCGAACCUCGAGGUCUUCAAGGGCUUCCAGCAGUCCUUGGAGCAGACCCUGCGCGAUUGGAAGAAGUGGUAUGCGAGCCCGCAGCCCGAGAAGGAGCCCCUCCCCGGAGAGUGGGACGCGAAGCUCGACAUGCUGCAGAAGCUGAUCGUCAUCCGGUGCAUCAGGACCGACCGGGUCCUGCCUGCCACGGUGAACUUCAUCGCGAGCAAGCUGGACCCGAAGUUUGUGGAGCCCCCGCCGCUCGACCUCGAGCAGAUCUACGAGGAGUCGUCGUGCACCACGCCGCUGCUGUUCGUGCUGACUCCGGGCAUGGACCCGACCAGCCAGCUGAAGCAGCUCGCAGUGGCCAAGAACGUGGACGCGCAGACCGUCUCCCUGGGCCAGGGGCAAGAGAUGAAGGCGAUCAAGAUGAUGCAGGACGGGGCGUCGCGAGGGUUCUGGGUCCUGCUCGCCAACUGCCACCUCUGCAUUAAGUGGCUGCCCGCGCUGGAGAAGGAGAUCGACAAGAUCUUCGAGGCCAAGCCGCACAAGGAGUUCCGCGUAUUCCUGUCCUCUUCGCCAUCGCCCAAGUUCCCAAUUCAGCUCUUGCAGACUUGCAUCAAGAUGACGGCUGAGCCUCCAAAGGGUCUAAAGGCCAACAUCGUGAGGCUGCUUAUGAACACCACAGAGGAGGAUUAUGGCCGGGCCCGCGAGACACAGAAAUAUCGCAGGCUAUUCUUCUCGCUCUGCUGGUUCCAUGCAAUUCUUCUGGAACGUCGUAAGUUCAAGAUGCUCGGUUGGAACGUGGCGUACGAUUUCAACGAUUCGGAUUUCGAUAUCUGCGAGAAUAUCAUUCAGAUGUACCUCGACGAGAAUCCAAGCGAAAUCCCGUGGGACGCCAUCAGGUAUCUCAUUGCCGAGGCGAACUACGGGGGACGCGUCACCGAGGCUCCGGACAACCGUGUGCUUCGUUCCUACGUGAACGAUUUCUUUUGCCCCAGAGCAUUGGAGCCUAAGUUCUUCCUCUCGGCCCUGACCACGUACUACAUCCCAGAAGAUGGUUCUCUUCAGUCCUAUCGCAACUAUGCUAAGGACUUGCCGUUCGCAGAGGCACCAGAGGCAUUUGGGGAGCAUAUGAACGCCGAGAUAUCUUCCUCCAUCGCGGAUACAAACACGCUUCUUUCUACGCUCAUCUCCAUGCAAGCCGAUACGGGCGGAGGUGGCGGCGAAAGCACUAACAAGGACGAGCAGGUCAUGCAGACUUGCAACUCGCUGCUGGAAAAGCUUCCGGAUAAUAUCGACUGGGAGGAUGUGCGGGAUCGCAACGAGUCGGACCAAUCACCGCUGAAGGUCGUCCUGCUGCAGGAGAUCGAGCGCUACAACGAUCUGCUCUCGAAGACCCGCGUUUCUAUCAAGCAGCUCCAGAAGGGGAUCCAAGGCCUCAUUGUCAUCAGCAAGGACCAGGAAGAGGUGAUGGCGGCGCUGUUCGAGGGGCGCGUGCCGGCCUCAUGGCUCAUCGCGUACCCGUCGUUGAAGCCAUUGAGCAGCUGGAUGCCAGAUUUGCUCGACCGCAUCGCGCAGCUGAUCUCCUGGGGCUUCGAGGGCGUGCCCAAGGUCAUGUGGCUUGGAGGCCUCACGUACCCUACCAGCUUGCUGACGGCGCUGCUGCAGGCGUCCGCCCGCAGGAACGCGGUGUCUGUCGACACCUACUCCUUCGACUUUGUGGUGCAGACGGGGGACGAGUCCUCUAUCCAGUCGGUUCCCAAGGAGGGGGCGUACAUCAAAAACAUGAUAUUGGAAGGUGCUAAAUGGGACAACAACGCUCAAGCACUGACCGACGCAGAUACAAUGCAGCUUUACGCCCCCAUGCCCAUCGUGCACUUCAAGCCGGUCGUGCGCAAGAAGGCCGUCACAGAGGGCAUAUAUGCUUGUCCGUUGUAUUUGUACCCUGUCAGGACUGGCACACGUGAGCGGCCUUCCUUCAUGUAUUGGGUGGAGCUGAAGGCUGGCCAGUUCACGCCGGAUCAGUGGACCAAGAGGGGCACUGCGUUGCUUCUCGCAAUGGCUUGA